UAUAUUCUAAGAUGAUACUAAAACUAGUAGAGUUUGAGGUUAAUUCCCGAUAUAUAUGCUCAUUAAACUAGUAUAGGAUCUGCAACUGGAAACCCUAUAAACAAUUGUAAACCCUAGCUUAAAAAGUUAUACUGUAAUUAAGCGAGAGGAAGAAACAAUGUUUCUAGAUUAGACUUUUUUUUGAACAACAUGUUUCUAGAUUAGACCCAAAAUCAACUUUUGGCUCUUGAUCUUUUUGUCUUGGUGUGAGAAUUGGACGCUUAUUCUCUAUCUCUACCUCUCUUGUUUCUGGAUUUCUUCUUUUCUCUUUCCUGUUUUUUAGCCAAAAUUUUAUUUUUGAUGAUGUGAAACUUGUGGUUUUAUUUCUAAAACAGAAAGAUUCAUAGUCUUCAUUCUUGAUUUGUGUAACUCCUUAAGCUCAGUGAUGUCUUCUUCCAACAAUAAUUACAACAAUGGUAGUAACAGUGCAGUGUUCCCUCUCUCUCUUUACCUUUCUUCACUCUCUGGCCAUCAAGGCAUCCCCUACAAUCAUCAGUCAUCAGCAUCUCCGGGCCAAAUGGUAUCAGCCGUGCCUGAAUCUCUUAUCAACUACAUGCCGUUUAGCUCAAACAGUGCUAUGAAUCAGCAAGGGCUCGACAUUCCUGAGGUGUCGAGAGAAAUCAAGAAGGCUGUGAAAAAAGAUAGGCAUAGCAAGAUUCACACGGCACAAGGUCUUAGAGACAGGAGGGUAAGGCUUUCUAUUGGAAUUUCUCGCCAAUUCUUCGAUCUCCAGGAUAUGUUGGGGUUUGAUAAAGCUAGUAAAACAUUAGACUGGCUACUCAAGAAAUCAAGAAGAGACAUCGAAGAGCUUGUCCAAGAAAAAAAGCUCUACAACAAUGAUGAAGAUUUUGGAAACAAUGGAGGUAACUUAGAAAAGGAUGAUGAUGUUGGUGAUACGAGCUUUGUAUAUGGUUCAUGCUCUGAUUGCUUCGAAGAAGAAGUGGUUUGUAAGGUCAAGAAGCCAGAGAAGAGGAAUAAGAAGACUGGAUUGAGCAACAUAUCUUCCUCAACGAAGAGAUCAAGAACCAAAGCUAGAGGAAAGGCUAAGGAAAAAGCAAGAGAGAUAAUCAGUGAUCAUCCAGAAACAGCCUCCAAGAUCAUACAAACUGAAAUAAUGGACCCAUUCAAAAGGUCCAUAAACUUCAAUGGAGGAGAAGACAUGACAGAUUUUUUCUACAAGGAAUCAAUCCAAGAGUCUGCUAAUCAAGAAUGUAUUACAAAGAUACAGGUCAAUCUUCCCAUGAAUAUGGAUCAAAGUUACAAUCAGCAAUAUCCGGAGUUCAUGUUGAAAGAUCAGGGUUCUAGCAGCAACUACUAUGCCAUUCUGCCUCAAAACUUGGAUUUUGACUAUAAUCCAAACCCUUUUAUUGAUCAACUCUAUUGUGGAGUCACCAACACGAAUUUCUUCAGGGGGUUCCCAUAAAUCUUGAUAUUUCGGAGGACUAGGCAUCAAAUUUAAACAUGUAAGGCAAAUAAUCCUGUAUUCCUCUUGAGUAUAUAUUAAAUAUUUGGUUAUGUGUGUUCUUCUGGACAUGUUAUCUGAUCUUAUAUGUCAUUGAUCAAGAUUUAUUUUCUAAAA